UUCAGGCUGAUGUGCAUCAUCAAUGCACUGUGAAAAUAAAAUGUUGAUGCCCCUCAGCAAACGCAAAUGAAUUUUAAACAUACAAACUGCUUAGAAACCAUUAUGUUUACCAUUUUGACCUUUGUUAAGAAUUUCAGAAUUUGGGGUUGCCUUUCAUUAAAUAUUCAAGUGCAGUAUACUCUAAUGCUAACAUGUCUGGAUGAGCGUGUUUGACAAGAAGUGAAAUGGGACAAGUGCCUUGCAUGGAAAUCUGCAGUGUUUCUGUAGGGGUCAUGUGAGAGUGUUAUUGUGUAAGGAGGAAAGGGGGAGGCUACCCAUUCUGGGAUGUGUGUUGAGGCUGUUGGUCUCUCAUUCUGUGAAAAUUGGGGAUGUUAUGCAAAACAUGGGAAGUACUGUCACUGCCCAGCAAUACAAAAUGACCCGACAGGCAGAAAUGACCAGGCUUUAUGAUGGCUGUUUGCACUUCCUCUCUCCAGAGAAGAGAGUACGAGGGCUUUUCUGAAAACUAGCACAGAGAAAGGGGGACAGUGGUAAUUCACUGGAGGGAGAGUCACAUUAAGAGACACUAUUUGGUGGGAAAUAGUUCAAGGGCUUUGUGGAGGACACAGACAAACAGGAAGGACAUGGUUUUCCAUUGCAAGAGCCAGACUAACCAUACAUAAUAGCAAUGUGUGUGGGCAUGCGUUGGACAUCACUCCUUACCAGGGUUGGGAGAAUUUGGCAGUACGUCCAACCUGCCUCACAACCACAGACCACGUGUAACCACACUAGCCCAGGACCUCCAGAUCCGGUUUCUUCACCUGCGGGAUUGUCUGAGACCAGCCACCCGGACAGCUGAUGAAACUGUGGGUUUGCACAACCAAAGUAUUUCUGCACAAAUUGUCAGAAACCAUCUCAGGGAAGCUCAUCUGCCUGCUCGUCGUCCUCACCAGGGUCUUGACCUGACUGCAGUUCGGCGUUGCAACCAACUUCAGUGGGCAAAUGCUCAUAUUCGAUGACCACUGAAAUGCUGGAGAAGUGUGCUCUACACGGAUGAAUCCUGGUUUCAACUGUAUGGCAUGGAGGAGACGAUGGUUUGUUCUUCGAAGAGGACGUAUGAGUGGGAAUCCAGAUGUGUUGGAGUACUACCGAAACACAACCUCAAAGAAGCCCAUCCGCACCAUCGACCUGAGAGAGUGUGAGGUUCAGAUGCAGACGGAGCAACGCCUGGUCAAGAGGGAGUUCCAGAACCAGCACCUCUUCGUUAUCAAGACGUCGUCUCGCAUUUUCUACCUGGUGGCCAAGACUGAGGAGGAGAUGAACAGUUGGGUCAGCCAGAUCAGGGAAAUCUGUCACUUUGGACCUCUGAGUCUGGAUGAUGGGACAGAAUCUGAGGAAGUUUUCUCUCACACCCCAAACCCCCAGCAGGUUUCACCAGCUCUCUCCCGAAGUAUGUCAUUCAUUUCCAACCAUGACUUUGUGGCCAAUGGCAACAGCAGAGUGGAGAUGCCGAGCCAGAUGGAACCCAACUAUCCACUGGAUUACCUAUUCCUCUCACAGUGUGAGACAGGGAGGUUCAGCCUCUCUAGAUGCGACAGCUUUUCAAAUUCGGAGAGAUCUCUGGAACAAAAUUCAUCAGACACUGCUACUGAAGAUGUCUUCUCUUCAUCCCUCGGCACUGGACCAUCUCCGUCUCCCUUUCCCCAUACUGGCCCAUUUCCGUCCCCCUUCCCUCACACUGAUCCUUCUCCGUCUCCCUUUCCCCAUACUGGCCCAUUUCCGUUCCCCUUCCCUCACACUGGACCAUCUCAGUCUCCCUUUCCCCAUACUGGCCCAUUUCCGUCCCCCUUCCCUCACACUGGACCAUCUCAGUCUCCCUUUCCCCAUACUGGCCCAUUUCCGUCCCCCUUCCCUCACACUGGACCAUCUCAGUCUCCCUUUACCCACAUUAGGACGCAUGACCCCCCUUUCAGCGCACCAUGUGGCCCCACGUCAACCUCAUCCUCUCCUCGAACACUCCAUCGUACACCAGAUGUCUUCCAGUUUGACAAGCCAUACUCUUCUGCCAUAUUGGAGGCAACUAGUGAUGGACUAACUCCCCCUCCUCUACCCCCCAAGCCUGUCCACCUCUCAGAGCACCUCAGAGAUGACGGCUCCCACGGGCCUCUGGCAGGAAUUAGGCAGCAGCUCACAGGCCAACCUGCACUCAUCCCCCAGAGGAUCUCUCUGUCAGGCCUGCCAGACCACUUCAGAAGAGGAGACAUUGAGGGGAGUGCAUUGAGGAGCAGGAACAAAAGGCUUAGUCUCAAUUUGCCACAUUUCAUUGCCACUCAAAGUCCAAACUGCCAUGAGGACUCUUACGUGUCCAUGGCCUCUCCGCGUGCCUGUGUUGGUGAAGAUGUAUCGGACGGCUACAUCCCUAUGAGCCCCACUCCAAUUAGCUUCCUCAAGGCUAAUGGCAAAACAGAGGCCCCUCUCGCUCCCACCCCCCUUCCCAUUGCAGAUCUACCUGGGGAUCUAGAACCACCUCCAAUCAACAGGGAUCUCAAACCACGCAGGAGAGCACGGCCUCCACCACUGGACCUGAGGGGUCUGUCCACUAUCAGAGAAUGUCCGACUCAUAUGGCUUUGAUCAGAACCAUGACAGAGCCAGGAAAUUCACUGCAAGGAAAACUGGGAAUUAAAGGAGACCAAGAGGCCAGCAUUCCAGUAGAGUCAAGGCAACAGUUCUCCACUACAAACGAGGGCGCCUCCCAGCCGUGGCUUAGGAGAUCAAACCUUGACUACCUUUCACUGGAUUUCAAUUCUGCAUCCCCCUCUCCUGUGCAAAAGAAGCCCUUACUUACUGAUGAACACAGGGUGGACUAUGUGCAGGUGGAUGAGAAAAAGACUCAGGCCCUGCAGAACACUAAGAUGGAAUGGAAGGAUGUCCGGCAGUCUAAAGUGUAAAUCAGACGGAGAAAAAGUAAGAUGGGAUAAAACACAAAUACUUUGCAUUUCACAGAACAAGUGGAGCAAAUGCAACAUCACAUUAAAUAUAUGUCAUAACAGAUGGUAGCUUAUCUCAAAGAGAGCAAUUCUUCUUUCAUGUACAAAAUAAAAGCACUUUGAAAUGUAUCAGAUAUAAACAUCUAUGAGAGAAGAAAGUAGACGGUGUUGUCAAAAAAGGUUUAAAUUACUGGUUUGUAGUUUGGGGCAUCAACAUUCACUGUACAAAUAUCACAUCAAAGUUACACUGUGAAUGUCACCUUACCAUGCACUGUGUCACAAUGCUGUUUUUGUAUCAAAUGCUAUGCAAUGAAAAGGACAUUGCUCAUUGCCCAUUAUUUUGCUGAAACAGAUUGUAUGGAUUCUUAAUACACAGGAAUUCAGGGAUUAUGUUUUUAUAUGAAUAAUGGUCUGAGUUUGAGAUCAUCUUAAACCAAAUGAACACGUGUCUAAGUGUUAGCCAUGGAAUCCUAAAGACAAACAUGCAUUAAUGCUUCUGCCCAGCAUAUUGCAUUUGUUGUUGUUUUUUAAGUUCUGAUGCCUUCGAUUGGCAGCCAGCAGGAAUAGAGCCAUGCAGUCUGUAGUCAUGCUCAUAGGGAGUGAAUGGAGUAGUAUCGAUCAUUCAGAUAACUCAUACAGUAUCAACAGGAUGAAAAUCUCAGACCUGAUACUGUGUAGGCCUAACAGUACUGUGUUGUUACUGGUUAGCAGAAGGCAGAUUUAUGCAUGCGUGUAACAUACAUCCUUUGUCCUGACCUUGUCCACAUUCUUAUAGUGCCCACAUUUUCAGACAGGUGUAGAUGAUUGAAAGACGCAUUGUGAUCUGAUCUUCUUGACCACUUCUGGAGAUAGUCAAGGACCCACUGUGUCUGGAUAUCUUACAAGUGCAGACGGAUCUGGACAGUCAAAUCAUCAUUAUCCCAUCGUCUAAAACCAUUGACUUAUGGAAUUCAUUUUUUAAAUGUAUUUUACUUAGUAAGUUAACUGAGAACACAAAUAAUUUGUCAAUUAAUGUGCAUACAGGGAGGGACCAGGAAAUCUGGUCACAAUGUGGACACAGUGAAUGGAUAUGAGACACAUUUUAAUACCAUGUGUAGACAUAUUUCAGAACAUGUGGGCACAAUAAGAAUGUGGACAAGAUCAGGACAAAGGACUUAUGUUAGCGCCAGGUAUAAAUAAAGCCAGAUGGUACCGAUGACUCAAACCACAAUAUCCACACCAUCUUGAUAGGUCAAUCUACAGCAGAAAGCACAAAUCACUCAGUGUGCCUAUCCUAAACUUGGUGAGGGUGAAUAACUACCUUACAAUGAACGGUCGGCACACAAAUGUUGGGAAAGCUGCAGUCUUAACUAGAUGUUUCUACAGAUGGAAUUGAACCCAUUAUUUUAGCAUAAGCGGUACCAGCUUCAUGUUGUGCUUUGUUUUAAUGUAUGUUUUAACGUGUCCAUGUAAUGUAUGCAAAGAUGCACAUCUAAGAAUGUUUUCAUGCUUUAAUAAAUCACUUUUACUGAAA